GUCAGCGCUCACGCACACGGGCCCUUCUCGAGGCGCAGGGGGAGAAGAGAAAGGGUCAAAGCCGCGAAGGGGAAAGGUGUAGCUGUACGGCCCUUCUGGCCUGGAGGGAGGUACGGGUUGACUGUCGGCUUAACCCGGUCUCUCCCUUCAGUCGGUGAAUGAUCAAGAAAGGGUAUAUUUUGCCGUGUUAAGGAAAAGUUGGGAGUGAGCCAGCAGCCUCUGUUUCUUUUUCCAUCCCCACCCCCCACACACCCUGAAUUACAGGGCGGCUUGUUUUUGUUUUGCUUUCGGUGAGAGAGAGAAAAUAAGAAGAACGAGCGGCCUUGCUUUCUGAGAGGAAAGAAAAUUUUCUGAUUUUGGUGGUAGCGAGGGAAGACGCGACGUUUCCCAAAAAGAAGCGUGCGUUUUGUUUUUAACACCCGUUUUCCGUCAGUUUUUAGCUUUCUCCUCGCCUUUCGCACGCCGGAUCUUGCAGUGAUGGUAAAUACGGUGUAAUAUUCAAGGAAAAAUAUGGGAAAUUGUUUGAAAUCUCCUACGUCAGAUGAUAUUUCUUUGCUCCAUGAGUCUUCUGACCGGGCGAGUUACGGAGACGGUACCGAAAUAGAUCAGGAACCGCCGCCGCCAUAUCAGGAACAAGCUCAGGUUCCUGUCUACCAUCCUACUCCAAGUCAAACCCGGCUGGCUACUCAACUUACUGAAGAAGAACAGAUCAGAAUAGCGCAAAGAAUAGGUCUCAUUCAGCACCUGCCCAAAGGAGUCUAUGACCCAGGAAGAGAUGGAUCGGAAAAGAAAAUUAAAGAGUGUGUUAUAUGUAUGAUGGACUUCAUUUAUGGUGAUCCAAUUAGAUUUCUUCCGUGCAUGCAUAUUUAUCACCUGGACUGUAUAGAUGACUGGCUGAUGCGAUCUUUUACCUGCCCUUCAUGUAUGGAACCAGUGGAUGCUGCAUUGCUUUCUUCAUAUGAGACCAAUUGAGAAGGCUUUGCCUUCUAUAUCUAGAUACCAUGGAUAAAAAUAAAUCCUGAUCUCUACCAUUUGAGCCAAAGAGUCAGAGAUUUGGACAAACCUGAUUGUAUGCGAUCAUGUACGAAGUACAACACUGAUGAUAACUCAUGACUGCAGUUCUUUAAAAACUUGUAUGUAAUACUUAAAUGCUGUUAUUAAAAAAAUAAAGUAACCUACAAAGCCCUGACCACAUGUGAACCUUUAAAGAUGGGCUAAUACAUGUGAAAUAACCAUUAAUUUGUCACAUAGCACAAGACCAUGGUGCAGCAUGCAUUUCAAAAGUUCUUUUUGUAAGACAUAACUCGCAUGUUAAAGGAACAGUAUCUUCUAUUUGACAUCUUAUUAUGGCCAUUCAUAAUUGUUUUAUUUUGGAUGCAUGGAAUAUUGUUUUCACAUAAAUCGGUGGUUCCAAAAGUAUCCCAUGCAGCAGAACUCUCAGGAACAAUGGGUGCUUACUUUGUUUUGGUAGACAAGUUAUUUGGGGGAGGGGAGAACAUUUCUAAAAUCAUUUUUGAGACAUUCUUAAACUUUACAUCUGAAGCUUAAUAUACUUAUGCUUAAGAACGUACUGUGUGUGUGAGAGAGAGAGAGAGAGAGAGAAUGAGUGCCUGCUUGUAGAUUUUUAUUCAAAUAGUUAACAUUUAUGGUGUCUCAGUUGCCAACUUCUCCAACAUCCCUCUAUCUAGAAGAAACUCUACAAAGACUGGCACGUUAGUUGAUCUGAUUGAAGAAUACAGCUGUACUAUUGUCACUUAAGUGUUCCACUACCACAAAACUUAUAAUUUGCAUGCACAUGACAGAGCAGAUACUAAAUUUCAUAAUUUGGCCUAUUUAAAGGAUACUGUUUCUAUACUGCAGUAUGUUGUGUUUAGUGGUUUGUGUCUUGGUUUUUGUUUUCAACAAUGAUUUGGUGGGAUACUAACAUUUUUGGUCAGGGCUUUGUCCUAGGAAAACUCUAGGUGCCGGUAUAGCAAAUAACUUAUGCAGAAGAUUGAAAUGUUUGUUUGCUGCCUUUGUUUUUGAAGGAUCAUUUGACUUCAGUUCAAAUAUGUAGUGGUACUUAAAUGCAUGCUGAAACCUGACUUCAUAAUACAGUAAGUAAUAUCUCCCACUGUCCAUCAAGCAAUGUCAAUACUGAUUAAGAGACAUAAACGCAAAUGCCAAGCCGGUGGACCACCGUCCCAUGAGAAAAUUGCCUUUGUGUGCAAAAACCAGGAGAACACACUGCAAAUGGACCACGAACAAAUUAAAUUAUUUGACAAAAUUUUGAAGCAAAGAUUGAACUCAGUUGUAAUUUUACAACCUGAACAGGUUUUUGGUCUUGUAUUUGGCAAUUUGUCCAUAAGAUAUUGAGAUCAAAAUUCUAAUGACACGUGUUAAGACAAAUUGGCAGAACAUCGAGCACAAUUUACCUACGUUGGCUUGUAAUGAACCUCCACCAUCUCAACUGAAGUAAUGGCACAAUUAAAGUCCAUCUAAUCUGGCUGACACUAGUUGCAAGGGAGAAAGAACAGUGAAGCUUCAGAAUAUUAGUAAAUAAACAUUAAAUAUAUUAAUCAGAAAUACCAGUUGCAUUUGCAGUUUUAAAAAAUGAAUUACAAUAAUAUAGUGGCUUGUUUGAAGGAGUGUUCUUCAUGAAAAGGUACUUGCCAAGCCCGUUGAGGAAAGGUGAUGCUAUGAGCUGUCUUUAUGAUGUGCAAGUGAUGUGAAGUGACUGUUUAAAUGCAAUUUGUUGCUAUCAUUUCAUAAAGUUUGCAGAUACUUUUUCAUGAAAAUCGUGCCUCUUUUAAUAAGUAGAAAAAAAAAUCAAGUUGUGAAAUCAAGAAAAACCUUGUUGGACCUGGAGUUUUCCUUUUUUUUUAAAAAAGAAAUACUUUAACACUGGCACAAAAGUAGGAAUUUAAGCUUUUUUGCACAGUUAUUUUCCAUUACAAAUGGAACUCAUGGCCUUAGGUCUUUUGAAAUGAUGUCUUGUUACAAGCCAGAUUAGCGUGGUGCUCAAAAGAUUGUUUUGGGAUACACCUCUGAUCAUUUAUUUUAAAAAGAUUAGACACUGCAUUUGAGAAAUGAGCAGGUCCAUUGGUGUGCAAAGGUUCUUGUAAAAUCAGAGAUGACUUUUUUCAAAAUAUUCAUUCAAAUUUUGCGUUCAGAAUUCUCAAAUUUUUUUGAGUACUGUCAGCUGACUUGCAGGUCUUCCAAACUAAUGGAAACUGUGCUUAAUUUAAGGGACAUUUGUUUGUUCAAAGCAGUUUAAAAGCUUUGGUGUGGCACUGCUUGCAAAAUAAGAAGAUUUUAAAUUCAUACAUUUUCCCAUGUAACUUGAGGGACACCAGUUGCAAUAGCCGUCACUGUAUGAUUAAGAGCUGUUGGUCUUAAAUCAGUGAAAAGGAAGACCUAUAUUUGUGCAAUAUUUUCAAUUGAGAUACCAUAGUAUUUACAGCUGUUUCUUUUAUGACCAUUCCACAGACUUUUUAGUAACUGUACACUUAACUGUAAUUAUGUUUAAAUUUCAAAGUUGGUGUGCACAUUGAGGUGCACAAAUGUGGGAGUAAUCAAAAAGCAUUGUGUGAAACUGACAACUUUUGAGUGUUCCAUUUAUUUUACAAGUGGCAUAUUUAGGCAAUUGUUGCAACAGUGGUGAAUUGGAUAGCCUUUUUUAGUGGUGGUAUAUCUUUAGGCACUUUGUGUUAACAACUCUCACACUGAUUUUGUUUUGAUACAAUUUUAAAAGACUCCUAAUGCUCCAAGCUUGUAAGAAUUGGCCUGCCCUCUUGAAUGUCUUGGCAGCAUGGUUUUUAAAUAAAGCAACCUUUUCUUUCCCUUGUAAAUGUUUCACUCUCUACUUCCAUGUCAGUCAACUUGGCAGUUAAUUGGCUGUGGACCUCACUACAAUUUUUGAUGUCAAAACACCAACCAGGUAAUGUGUUCAUUAGCAUUUUGGUCAUGUUUCCCCUCCCCAAAAACAAAUAUUCUUAAUUUUCCCUACCAAUAAAAUCUCCCGUUCUGAACAAGAUUUUUUGCACCUCAACCUGAGAAUUGAUUAUGAAGGAGGCGUUCAGUUUAAGUGUUGAGCUACCAUGAGAUUGUGUUCUGCUGCCUUCCUUGCUCUCCCCUCACCACCAGCAAAAUGACAGAAAGCAUUUUAUUCUAGUUUCUUGCCUUCCACGUACUGCCAUAUGAUUUUCAAAUGGCUGCAUAAAAGCACAUGAUUUUUGUUUUGUACAGCUAAAUACAUUCAUUAAUUUAGAAUUUUUUGUUUGCUUAAGACCAAAGCUUACUGAAAAUAAAUGGACUUAAAACACUUUUCUUUUGGUCUGGUUUUGGACCAUUGCCACCUUUUUAGCUGCAGUUGCUCAAUGAGCUCAGUUGAGGCUUUUAAAUAAGUGGGGAGGGGGAUGGGAGAAAAAAAUCAUUUUUUUCUUACAUUGCAGCAUAAGGGAAGAUUAGCUUUUAAUCUUCAGUUGUGUUAAUAUUUUAGUUGACCAGUGUUCGUCGAGCAGAAAAUAUCUAUCUUCUACUGUAAUAACUGUAGUGAGUAAUUUUAAUGAGCUUAAUCAAGACCUUUUUAAACCUGCUAACGAAACGACUUCUCUCAGUUAGAGAAUCUUUGCAAAUGUGAUGAUAAUUUCUUGGACGUUAGACUGAGUGGAAUGAUUUUGCUUGAAUUUUCAAUAUUCAAAAGCAGAAAUUGAAUUUCCUGGUUAUGUGGUAUGAGAUAUUUCUAUGCACAUUGUAGGUCAUUUUAUUUCAUUAUCUACUCCAACUUGCUGAAAAAUAGAACAUUGUGAAGUUCUUUACAAGUUGUAUAACCAAUGUGUUAAAUUUAUGCUUGUUUUAUUUAUUGGUAAUCAGUUGUCUUAAUAAAUAUUAUGCUUUCUCAAUGUUUAGGUUGUCGACAUUUUGAGAUACUGGUUUUUAAAUUACGGAAGCAUUUUGUUUAAUUAUCUUUGGUUAUGUACCUACUUAUUUUAUAUAAAGUAAAGAACCUUACAGUGCUUCUGUUCUGUGAUGCGAGUAUUUGUGAAGUACUGCACAAAACAUUCCACUUGCAGCAAUGGCUGUAACCAUUGAAUUUUGGAGGAGGGGGAUAAAAAACAUACUUUUACUUCAGUUAGUUUUAACUUUGUGUCUGAUUGUGAAUUAGUAAUUCAAGUUCUAUUUAUAUAUAAAGCAUUGCACAUUCCAAUAAGCAGAGAUUCAUGUAUAAUUAUUUAUGGGCUUGUUUAAGAAAGCAGGUAUUAAAAACUGCAAUACUAAA